AUGUCAUCUUAUUUCUGCGUGAACUGGAUUCUUCUCAUCCUGUUUACAGGUCCCACAGUAUUGGGAUUACUUGUGAAAGGACAGGUUGGCCAGAAUGUCACUGUGCCCUGCUCUUACAGUGUUACGGGGACACAAGACAUCACAACAAUGUGCUGGGGUCGUGACAGCUGCCCUAAUUCAAAAUGUACUCAGGCCAUUAUCUGGACAGACGGAUGGAAGGUGACAGAGCAGGUCAACAGCAGGUAUACGUUGAAAGGGAACCUGUUGGUGGGUGAUGUGUCCCUCACAAUCGUGAAUGCCGACUGCUGCCGCGUGGAGAUCCGAGGGUGGUUCAAUGAUCUGAAAGAGAACCGUGAGGUUGUGAUAGAGAAAGCUAGGAUCUCUACUGCAAGUCCUCACACUUACACCUCUGAACAGACCCCAGCUCCUGGGAGCACCAGCGAAUCGUCCUCUACCAUCACAAGAGUGUGGCCAUCGGUUUCUGCUUCAGAAGUUCCUCAAACUGCCUUUUUCCCCUGUUCAAGCACCUCAGACUGCUUGGAUGUCACCUCGAACCUGCAGAACGUGUCUCUAUCACUUCCCAGACAGCAGUAUUCAGAAAACGGGCUGUACAUUGGGAUUGGUUUAUGUGCAGUACUUCUAGCCGUCCUAAUUUUGGCUCUGUUCCUCACUAGACGCUAUUUAUCCAAUAUGAAGAAGAUGGGUGACUUUGGAAACUUCAUUGCAUAUUGGAGACCAGAACGUGCAGGGAACAAUAGUGCCCUGGAAGAUGAGAACCACCCUCCAUCAGCUAAAAUGUGCCAUUUUGUGCUGUUUCACUGGAUUAUGAUACAGAUCUUGAUAGUGCACACUGCAUCUGAAACUGUUAUUAGAGGAGUAAUAGGACAACCCGUUCAGUUGCCUUGCUUCUACAAGGUGACACAAAGUAAGGACAUCUCCGAUAUGUGCUGGGGCAGAGGCCCGUGCCCGAAUUCGAAGUGCAAUAACAAAAUUUUGCACACCACUAGGAACAGGGUGACGUUCAGAAAAUCUCAGAGAUACAAUCUCCAGGGCUAUAUUUCCUAUGGAGAUGUGUCCCUCACGAUUGUGAAAGCGAAGGCAGAAGAUGCAGGUACAUACUGCUGCCGCAUAGAGAUCCCAGGAUGGUUCAACGACAUCAAACAGAACAUACGGCUGGAGGUUAUCAGCGCCCCUCCAGUGACGACAACCACCAUGAGACAGGCUCCUGUUUCCCCAAAACAUUUUAGAACAACAACUUUUGCUCCCCAAGCAACCUCUGAUCAUCAAACAACAGCAGAGACAUCUGUCCUCCUGACAACCACCAUCCUUCCAUCAACAACUGCAACCACCGAUUAUCAAACAACAGCAGAGACUGCUGUCCUCCUGACAACCACCGUCCUCCCAGCAACAACUGCAACCACCGAGUCUCCAGCAGUAAUUACAGUGGAGACCAUUGCUCCCCCAACAUUUGCUGUGACAGCAAAUGACAUUUUCCCAGAAACUAUGAUGACAACCAGUGGUUUCCCAGGUUUUCCAACUGAUUUCCAAGCAGUUGACAUGAGGACUGAGGAUGACUACGUGUUCUACUCAGCAGAGUCUAUUCCUCUUCCUGAAGUGACUACUGAAUUCCUAAGUACACUUCCAGCUGCAGAGAGAACUGAAAGUGCUGACACUGCUCACAUGGUUGACGAUGAGCCAACUACAGAGAUUCCAGCAAGUUCAGAUGGCAACACUGAGAAAUAUGAUGAUAUCAGUGAUAAGUUUCCCAGCUAUGCCAUUCUCAUUGCCUGUCUCUUAGUGGUGUCCAUUCUUCUCAUAUCGAUGCUCGCAUUGUUGUUUUGGAAACGUAAACACACAAAGAAGUUUAUAACAAAAAGCCUUGGACCAGUGGAAGACCUUGAAAAAGUUUUUAGUGGUGCCGAAGGAGAAAACAACAUUUUUUCCCUGUGA